AUGUGGGUUCAGAGCUGUGUUGACUUGUGGAGGAAACUGGUGUAGUUUGAGGCGCCUCGUUUUAAUAUGUCGUCUUUUUUUAUAAAGUCGAAAGACAAACCCAAGUCAACAAGAAAGGGGAAACUUAUAGCGGCGCCGAAACGAAAAGCUGAUGGAGACCCCGGGGCUAAGAGCAAACUGCGAGACAAGAAAACCAACGCCAGAUACAACGAGGAGAUUUCCAGCGACUCUGAAAAUGAAGGCCCCAUCGGCUCCAGGAAGAGACCCGUGGUCGAGGAGAACGACUAUGGGGAGACUCCACAGGAGAAGAAGCUGAGGUUAGCCAAACUGUACCUGGAGCAGCUGAAGGAAGCAGAUGAGAAUAAAGCAGAAGAAGAAGACUUUGAGACGGAUCUGGUCGCAGGUAGACUCGAGGAAGAAGUGCUUGAACAAAAAGGAAAACUUCAGCGAUUUAUUGCCAAAGAUCUCGUACAACCUGAUGCUUCAGAGAUCCGUUUGUUGAGAGGACACAAACUUCCAGUUACUUGUCUGGUCAUCACCCCCGAUGACAAGUGCAUCUUCUCUGCUGCUAAAGACUGCUCCAUCAUUAAGUGGGAUGUGGAGAGCGGAAAGAAACUGCACACGAUACCCGGUGGAAGGAAGGGUACAGAGGAUCGGCAUGUCGGACACACAGCCCACAUCCUCUGCAUGUCCAUAUCAUCAGAUGGGAAAUACUUGGCGACUGGAGACAUGAACAAACUGAUCAUGAUUUGGGAGGCAGAGACCUGUAAACAUCUUUAUAAAUUCACAGGACACAAAGGCCCUGUGUCGGGUCUGUCUUUCAGGAAGGGAUCUCAUGAUCUGUACAGUGCAUCUCAUGACCGCUCAGUCAAGGUCUGGAACGUGGAUGAGAAUGCAUAUGUGGAGACUCUCUUUGGGCAUCAGGAUAAUAUCACAGGCCUGGACAGUUUGAGCCGCGAGCGCUGUGUGACCACAGGAGGACGGGACCGCACCGUGAGGGUGUGGAAGAUAGCCGAGGAGUCCCAGCUUGUUUUCCAUGGCCACGAGGGUUCAAUCGACUGCAUCCAGCUCAUAAAUGAAGAGCACAUGAUCACAGGAGCUGAUGAUGGCUCUGUGUCUCUUUGGAGUGUCAACAAGAAGAAGCCUCUCAGCACUGUGAAGAAGGCGCACGGUUGCCAUGGUGACGCGGGGCUGCAGCAGCCUCAUUGGGUCUCUUCAGUGGCGGCGCUUCACAACUCGGAUACCGCCGCCUCAGGUGCCUGUGGCUGUUCACACAACUCACAUGUACAGAUCUGGAAGUGUGGCCAGAAUUACCGUGGGCUGGAGCGUCUCUUCACUGUACCGGUGUCUGGUUUUGUCAACAGUCUGAAGUUUUCGAGCUCUGGUCAGUUCUUGGUGGCAGGAGUUGGACAGGAGCACAGGUUGGGACGAUGGUGGAGACUAAAAGAUGCCAAGAAUGGGAUCUAUGUUAUUCCUCUGAAAAGAAAGCCUCCAAAUCCAGAGGAAGCCAAAACAGCUGAAUAGUCCAAUAGUCAUGUGCCUUUUUGUAAAUUAAAAGUUUAAAAACUA